AUGUCAGACUCAAUUGCAGUCACGGAUUCGUUGCAACGUCAAAAAGAAAUGGGCAACAGUCGGUACCAAGAUUCAUCACUCACCCGCAAAUAUGUGGUCAUUUUUUUAGCCGUAUCCGCUUAUUGGAUGUGUUCAAUGGGUCUUGUCUUCCUGAACAAAUACCUUCUGAGCAGUCAAUCGCUCAAGGUGUUACCACUUUCAUUCGUAUUCGUGGCGAUGAUAGCAACGAAUAAUCUUUGUUUGAAACAUGUUGGUGUUUCGUUUUAUUACGUUGGACGAUCGCUGACGACUGUCUUCAAUGUGGUCUGUUCCUAUUUGAUUCUGGGACAAACCACGUCGUGGCGAGCGCUCUUCUGUUGUGCCACUAUUAUUGGUGGUUUUUUUCUGGGUGUUGACCAAGAGGAUGCGGCAGGUUCGUUGUCGGUGAUUGGUGUGAUUUUCGGGGUGAGUGCUUCGCUGUUUGUAGCGCUGAACGCUAUUUAUACGCAACGAACACUGCCGGCUGUCGGAGACAGCGUCGCUAGACUGACUAUGUACAACAACGCGAAUGCCGUAUUUCUGUUCCUGCCAUUGAUGCUGUUCAAUGGAGAGUUCACUGAAGUGAUUUAUUUUCCGUUGCUAUUCUCACCUCAUUUCUGGAUUUUGAUGAGCAUUUCGGGUGCUUUCGGCUUCAUGAUGGGUUAUGUAACUGGAUGGCAAAUUCAGGUAACUUCACCGCUGACACAUAAUAUCAGUGGAACAGCGAAGGCAGCAGCACAGACUGUGAUAGCGGUAACUUCACCGCUGACACAUAAUAUCAGUGGAACAGCGAAGGCAGCAGCACAGACUGUGAUAGCGGUAUCUUACUGGAACGAAGUAAAACCGUUCUUCUGGUGGGUUAGCAAUGCGGUCGUUUUGGUCGGUUCUGCAGCUUAUACGGCUGUGCGAAGACAGGUAAGCUUUCGAGUUUUCUCGUCCCUCAACUGA